GUCUCUGUCUCUGUUCAAGUCACCCCCCCUGCCCCCAACUCCACAGGUCAGUGGGCCCCUAAACCGAGCAUGCCAGACGCAGAAACAGCCGGAAAUCCUGAUUCGCUAUUGGGUGAUUGAUUGAUUGAUUGAUUGAUAGGUGAUAUACCACAUACGAAGUAUCAACAGAGCGUGCACCGCACUGCACGAUAGCAUAGCGGGUACGUACCCGUGGCGCGAAACGCGUACCAUACACCAUACGUAAUACUCAGUGGGGUGGAGAACUGACGUGUGGGUGAGUGAGUGCAGUAGACAGUGACAUUUUCCAGCAGAUCCUAUCCAGGAGGUAAUUAAUCAAACCACACACCUCCUUCCUCUCUCUCUCGCCACUGAAGGAUUAGGUUCUUUGUGAGAAGUCGCACGUGCGUGUCUGGUGCUACUUGCGUGUUCUAUGGGUAUGUACAUGUACGUUACAUGCGUGUAUAUGGGAAUGUAUGUAUGUACGUGUACACUUGUACAUUGUGAUUACAAGCAGUUCUCAGGGUUCAAUCCAGCACGUCGGGACGCGCGUAUGCAAGACAGAAGGGGGGGGGGUCCCAGCGUAGCCGCUAGACUGUAUUGGGCGAGAUACGCGGCUUGAGGGUCCAGACUGGGUGAGUGAUGGGAGGACGUGUCACGUGGUGGACCCUUUGGGGAUUGGUAUUGCUGCCUGAGGUUGUGGGCGGGUUUGCGCGUCGGUUUCGAGUGGUUCUCGUAUCAUCGUAUUUGGAUUACUUACGCUUGGUGGAUUGCAGGAGGUGUUAGAGUCGAGGUGAUUACUGGGUGUAUGUUCCGUCACUGUCACUGUCAACGUCGAGAUCAAACGUCUACGGUGCGGGUGCACUCUGCGACAUGGCAGAUGGGAUGGGCUCAUCAGCAUAUGUUAAAUUUCCACAGCUUCUUGUUCUGUCCGGAAUGGAACAGUGUCUUUCUUGCGCUUGGGUAGAUGGAUGGAUGGUUCAAGGGCUAUCCUGGAUGGAGAGGAGAGUGCUUGCGAAAGGCGAUACGCAGAG